AUGAUUGUGAGUUGUGCUGUAACUUGGCUGCUCGUACAGUGUUCUUUGUUUUUGCGAACGCUUUCGACACCCAUUUACGAUGAUGUCAAGGACAGGACACAUUUGAUAGAUUUAGAGGUCCGAAGUGCGUAUAAUGGUAACGAUAGAAGAGUUCUUUCUGUAAAUGGUCAUCUUGACUCUUAUGGGCCCACCAUACGGGUGAAUUCUGGCGAUAAUAUAAGAUUACAUUUAAGAAAUUCCAUAUGUUCCCAAAAUGAGGUAAAUAAAGGUAAAACAUAUUCAAUUUGGAGAGAAUACUGUGAAACCGCGCUACAUUUCCACGGUUUAACGCCAAUUGGUAACCAGAACGAUGGAGUGCCCGGCUUCACUCAACCGCCUAUUUUGAGUGGUGAAAGUUUUUGGUAUAAUUUUACAAUCCCAGAGGAAACUUGUGGCACAUUUUGGUAUCAUUCUCACUCUGCCGUUCAAUAUGGUGACGGCUUUAGGGGAAUAUUCAUUGUUGAUUGCACAAGAUAUAACCACCAGGUAAAUAAAGUUAUACAUACUUUGCAGCAAUCGGGCGAAAUACAGAAUGGAGUAAUGCUUCUUCCUGAGGAAAACUUCGAUGUUACGAAUCUUUAUGAAGAACAGGUGAUCACGCUCAGUGAUUGGUAUUACAGUUGGAAUCUUGAUGUGGUUAAAGAUAGGGUUCUUUCAUAUGAUUCUACAACGGAUCCCCAUAUUGACCAGUCUUUGAUCAACGGCAUUAGUGACGAUAACUUACAAUUCAAGCUACAGGAUGCCACUGAAGGCAUUUUAAUACGUAUAAUAAACACUGGUAUGUCAGGCACUCAAAUAUUUCAUGUGGAGGGUCACAAGCUCGUAAUUGUGGAAGCGGAUGGUAUUCUGGUUAAUCCGUAUGUACUCGACACACUCUCCUUGGCGGUGGGACAAAGGUACACACUUCUGGUGAAAUUGGCGGAUGAUAUCAAUUACCGUGGCGUCAAAGUUGUUAAUGGUUGCAGCAAAAUGAUGGGGUAUAUUGAAAAGACUGCAUGGUUUGUAAAAGAAGCAGUGGAUAAAGUUACUCUUGACUCACCGUCAAACAUAAAGGCACUCCCUGGACUAGAUAAAAACGAACUUUACAAAAGCCUGGAACCGACAUAUGAAAUUUUUGAAGAUAGGAAGGGCCUGUGGGUGGAGCCCGACAUCAAAACGAUUGAGUUGAACUAUGAAUAUUUCUCAGACUCACACACAAAAGAAAAGUAUGGCACCGGCAUGUAUAAAAUGAAUGGAAAGACGCUAAAUGAAUACUUAGAGUCUCCUGUAGAGUUCAACACGGGCCAAGUCGUGCAGAUAAUAAUUAACGCGAAUGAUCACAUGCGGCACCCUUGGCAUCUUCACGGCCAUCCAUUUCAGCUCGUCUCUAUUGGAUCAGGCCAUGAAGGAGCAUUAAAUAUCAAUGAUCUUAAUAAUAAUGCCGGAAGAAAGUAUAAGGACGAUAUCAAGUACUGGCAGGAGACCGGCAAGACGCCCAUGACAAGAGACAGUAUCAACAUUCAAGGCCGAUCUUAUGCUGUCAUACGUAUAAUUGCGAAUAGUCCAGGGUUUUGGUUAAUGCAUUGUCAUAUUGACUGGCAUGUACAAAAAGGAUUAGGUGUAGCAUUUCAUGAACUGGAGCCUCGUUCGCUCCCAGAUUCCGUCGAUUCAGCACAACCUCCUUCUCAUACUGAGGAGAUGCAGCAAGAAGAGAGUCAUGGUAAUGAAACUAUCGAUGAUACUGGCACGCAGUCUUUUCCGCAUCGUCACAAAGUCUUGGCCAUCUACUUCCUCAUCAUGGUCUUCAUAAACUGUAUUGUAUACCAAGUGAUCAUGUAG